ACCGCAUCCAUGAAGUCAUCUCCAACAUCUUCGGCCACAGCACACACACACAUAUGUCUGGCAACACCAACACAGACAUCCUACUGGCCGGCGCAGUUGCAGCCUUCACAGUCGACCUCCUCGUCUACCCACUCGACACCAUAAAAACACGCCUUCAAAGCCCGAACUAUAAGACUCUCUUCACGAACAGCACAAAUGGCACCGUCGACCGCGCUCUCUUCCGUGGCGUCUACCAGGGCAUCGGCAGCGUCAUUCUCGCGACUCUCCCCUCCUCAGGCGCAUUCUUCACCACCUACGAAGGCGCAAAGAGCAUCUACACAACAACCCUAACCCGCUCCGGCACACAAACCACCCUCCUCCCCCUCCCCCUCAUCCACGCCCUCGCCAGCGCAACAGCCGAGCUAAUCUCCUGCGCAAUCCUCACCCCAGCCGAAGUAAUCAAGCAAAACGCCCAAAUGGUCCAAAAACAACCCUCCCAAACACACAACACCACAAGUAAACCCCCCUCCACAAACGCCACCCUCUCCACCCUCCGCCGCUUCCAACACAACCCCCUCGCCCUCUGGCGCGGCUAUGCCGCCCUCGCAGGCCGCAACCUGCCAUUCACAGCACUCCAAUUCCCGCUUUUCGAGCGGCUCAAGGAGCGCGGCAAGGCGUAUCGGGAUGAGCGUGGGACGCGCACCGGGUCUGUGCUGGAGACGGGGGUAAUCACGGCGCUGAGUGCGGGGAGUGCGGGGAGUGUGGCGGCUGUGCUGACGACGCCGGUGGAUGUGGUCAAGACGCGCAUCAUGCUGGGUGCGGUGGAUGAUGCUUCCGCUGCCACAGCGAGGAGUGCAGGGACGGAGGGGAGUGGUAAUGGUAAUGGUAAUGGUAAUGGUAAUAGCGGCGGUAAUAAGAGGACACAGGGGCGAAGUAAUGGCACUACUACUGGCAACACGAGCGGCCUCGUCGACGCAUUAGGUCAAAACAUCAAACGAGGCGCUACAAGCGCAAAACAAAUCGCAAGCACGGGGAGCAAAACACGCAAAAGCAGCCUCGCAAUCGCAAAGGAAAUCGUACGAGAUCAGGGGUUCAAGGGCUUAUGGCGAGGCGGUGCGCUCAGGGCCGUGUGGACCAUGCUGGGCAGCGGCUUGUAUCUGGGCGUGUACGAGAGCGGGAGGAUAUACCUGGCGAACCGGCGCGCGGAGGGAUAAUUAAACUAAAAAGUUGGUGAUAGAAUUUUUUCUGUAUGUAAAUAUAAGAACAACUUGAAUGGGGAACAAAUGAAACCCAAUAUUAUGACCGGCGGAAGUUAAACGACUGCGAUCUAGACAAUUUUUUAGACUUGGUACAUGUAUAUAUUAAUCCAGGGAUCAGUUAUCCAUGGAGGACAAAAGGUCUACUUUAAUGCCAGGCUGCCAGCGACGUUGGAGCGAGUCAAUAAC